CAGUGCAGGAGGAUGUUGGGAGGCUGAGGACCGUCGUGCAUGUGUGGACUGUACCGGGGGGCUCUGUUCCGCUGGCCCGGGGGGGUCUUCAUGAGGGAGGAGAGGGCGGAGGACACCGGGGACACAAUGGAUAAGACGAUGUCUCGGUGUAAGAUCGUGGUGGUCGGGGACACUCAGUGCGGGAAGACGGCUCUGCUGCAUGUGUUCGCGAAGGACUGCUACCCGGAGAAUUACGUCCCGACUGUUUUUGAGAACUACACGGCCAGCUUCGAGAUAGACAAGCAGAGAAUCGAGCUCAACAUGUGGGACACGUCUGGCUCAGCGUAUUACGACAAUGUCCGUCCUCUGGCGUACCCCGAAUCCGAUGCUGUACUCAUUUGUUUCGAUAUCAGCCGUCCGGAAACUUUAGACAGUGUAUUAAAAAAGUGGCAAGGUGAAACUCAGGAGUUCUGCCCAAGUGCCAAGGUCAUCCUCGUAGGCUGCAAACUCGACAUGCGGACAGACCUGAACACUUUACGGGAACUGUCCAAGCAGAGACUCAUCCCGGUCACGCAUGAACAGGGCAGCACUCAGGCCCGUCAGAUUGGCGCCGUGGCCUACGUAGAAUGUUCCUCCAAGGUGUCGGAGAACAGCGUGCGGGACGUCUUUCACGUCACCACCUUGGCUUCCGUCAACCGCAUCCACAAGAACCUCAAACGCAGCAACUCCAAGAGGGGACUGAAACGCGUCUCGCAGCUACCUGGACGGACUGAACUGUUAAGCGAGACGGAAAUACGCAAAGACCGCGCCAAGAGCUGCUCUAUUAUGUGAAAACGCGCCUACCGGCUGUAAAUAGAGGCGCGUAGAGGCUCCGGCCUACACGGUAAUACGGGCGUCUAAUCCACAGAGAUGGCAGCUUUUUUUUUUUUGCUUUUUGCCCGGCGUUCUGUAACCAUAGAUAGACGCCGGCCCAUGACUGUUACGGUUAUUUCUGGAUCUGCCAUAGGGUUAAAAAAAAAAACGAAAAACUCAUUGAAAAUGCAAAUCAAUGGCGAUAUAAACAGCGAAUUAACAAGUAACAGCGCGUUGAGUUUGCUUUUGUCCUGCUGAUUCUGUCCCCAUCAAUGUAUUUAUAUGCGCACACAGUUCACGCCCAUUGUACAGAGAGAGGAGGAGCCUAUGUUACGUGUGUAUAUAUGUAUGUAUGUUUAUAUGUAUAUAUACACACAGAAUGACGCACAUUGUGUUCAGGAGAGGUGUGGAGGGUUGUGAGAAUUGAAGCAUCGUUGUAAUCCAAAAGUAUAAUAAAAAAUCAAUUUAUUGUUA